UUUUUGAGCAAGUGAAUUAUAUGCUUAGAGAACAAAUUGCAUAGUGCCCUGGAAGGCAGAAUAAAGGAAGGAUCUCAUGUCUAGGUUCCUGAAGGCUGAGAUAUGUGGAGAGCUCAAAGGUUGCAGAAGUUGGGCAGAGGCGGAGUUAUCAGCUGCUUUCCAGGAAGAGAAAGUCCGAGAAACGAAAGCAAGGCUAUUAGCUUUGUGUGGUCUUAGCAGUUGAGCAGCAUUGGCAGCCAUGGCCUCUGGAGACCCUGUCAAGGAGCUCUGCAAGGAACUCACCUGUCCCAUCUGCUUGGAGUAUUUCAAGGAGCCUGUGACCACCUCUUGUGGGCACAAUUUCUGCCAAUCCUGUCUGGAUCAAUGGUGGGAGGAGAAAGAGGCCUCCUGCCCACAAUGCAGGAAGAAAGUGCGGAAAUGGGACAUCGGGCCAAAUAGGCAGCUGGCGACCCUGGUGGAGAUAGCCAUGAAAUUGGGGAGCCAGAAGGCAGAAGAGAAGGGGAGAGUCUGCCAGAGGCACCAGGAGCCCCUGAAACUCUUUUGCAAGCACCACGAAGUCCCCAUCUGUGUGGUGUGCGACAGGUCGAAAGAACAUGAGAACGACAAAGUGAUCCCUCUGGAUGAGGCGUUGAAAGAGUACAAGGGUCAGAUUUUGAAGUUGCUGGAAACUCUGCAGAAGGAGAAAAAGACAAUUCUGUCCUACAAAGUAGAAGCAGUGCGGGAAAGUCAAGAUUUGCUUGUGAAAACCCAAAGAGCGAAGGAAAAGACUGUGGCUACAUUCAUGCACCUGCAUCAAUUUCUAGAAGAACAAGAGAGGAACCUGCUGGACCAAAUGGAGAAGGUAGAGAAGGAGAUUUCUGCAAAAUGGGAGGAACAUCUGGCCAGACUCUCCGAAGAACUCUCCUCUCUCUCGAAACUCAUCCAAGAGAUAGAGGAGAAGAAUCAGCAGCCAGCAAGUGAACUCCUCCAGGAUAUCAAGCACUUCAUGCAGAGGUGUGAGAAUAAGGAGAAAUUUGAGCCUCCUGUAGUGUUUCCUCCUGCUCUGAAAUGGAAGAUCUGGGACUUUUGUGACAUAAACCCAUUUCUGAAGGGUGUCAUGAAGCAAUUCAGAGACACUCUGGAAUCUGGACUCCAGCAGCAAAAAGCACAUGUGACUCUGGAUCCAGACACAGCCCAUUCUCGGCUCAUCCUCUCUGAAGAUCACAGAUGUGUGAGGUUGGAAGAGGAAAUGCAGGAUCUUCCUGACAAUCCUGAGAGAUUCAAUUAUUGUCCUUAUGUGCUGGGCCAGGAGGGGUUCACAGGAGGCAGGCAUUUUUGGGAAGUCCUUGUGGAGAAUGGGGAAGAAUGGUUUGUGGGAGUUGCCAGAAAGUCUGUGGAGAGAAAGGACUUCAUUCCCUGUGGCCCUGAGGCUGGGAUCUGGCAAAUGGGAAAGUGGAAGAAUGGGUACAUGUUCUCCUCCAACAACCAUACAUUUCCAUAUCUAACUCUGAGCGAGGAGCCCAAGAGGGUCAGAGUGACUCUGAACUAUGAAGGGGGCCAGGUGGCCUUUUACGAUGCAGACUCAGCAGCCCUGAUCUUUAAAUACCCUCCAGCCUCUUUCUCAGGAGAGACCCUCCUCCCCCUCUUUCAUGUGGAAGAAAAGGCCCAACUGGAGCUCUCUCCCUAAGGAUGGAGAGCAAUGUCCAAAUGAUGAAGCAAUUUUCAGGUAUCGGCCAAAGAUUUCCCCUCCCAUUUGGAAAGGCAGAAACAAUAACAACAACAGCAAA